AUGCAAAGUGCCCAGUCAUCUCCCAUGAAGAAUCCCCACAGAAGAAGGCCCACAACUCAAGCAGCCCGGGCUCCUGACGCCGAGCUCAUCGAACUAACGAACGAUGCUCCUGCAAGUGCCAAGAAACCGCAAGACCAGGGUAGUUCCAACGAGCGUCGAGCACGCAGGUGGCGCGAUCAUCCUCCUCAGUCUUACUUGGAGCGACUGGAACGAAUCCGUCAGACAAAAAUGAUCGUCAUAGAACACUCUGUCGGUGGUACUCACGAGUGCCCAGAGAUUUCCUUCGAUGUUGUCGGGUCAACUGGCAACAUCUACGAGGUUGUCAUCAGGAAGGAGCCGGUCUGCAACUGUCCCGAUGGGCUCAAAGGCAGCCAGUGCAAGCACAUUUGCUACAUGCUUUUCCAUGCCCUCAAAGCGCCUUCUCAUCUUCAGUACCAACUCGCCUUCCUGCCCUCGGAGCUCCGUGAAAUGUUCGAGGAAUCCCCCCUCAGCCGAGUCGAUGCCACCAGCACCGAAGGCACUGACGGCAAGCGCAAGCCUUUGGAAGGUGACUGUCCCAUCUGCUUUAUGGAAUUUGAACCCAACGAACAGACCGUCUGGUGCAAAGCUGCAUGCGGAAACAACAUCCACAAGAAAUGUUUUGAACAAUGGGCAGCAGCCUCGCGCGAAAACGGUGUUCGCUGUGUCUACUGUCGCACCCCAUGGGAAUACGCAGGCGAACAGAUCGACAUCAAAAGCUUAAGAGCCUCUAGCGAUUGCAUGCAUGAAGGCUAUGUCAACGUGGCGGAUCAAUUUGGCCUGUCUCGAGAACGCGACUUUUCCGUCUACUCACCUUUCUCGACUGCCCGAUGGUCGUCCUACUCUUCGCGGCGUGGUGCCUCUGAGCGGUACCAUGACGAUGAUGGAAGUCUGUGA